CGCAAAAAGUGUCAUCACCACUUUGACAGAGUGGAGCAAAAUAUUACAUUCGUCGAAGAAAAUAGAAAAAUAAAGAAAAAUCUUUUUUCGUGGUGCUCUGCUCAGGUGUAGCCGAAAGCCUAAUCAAAAUACAAAAUGGGUGGACAUGGUCACCAUGGGGAACAUCAUGCUCCGUAUAAAGUGCCGAAAGCUGACAUUUACAAGGUAGCCGAUUCUAAAGAAUUAUUGGAAGUCCAAGAGGCGCUGGCAAGACGAGGAUUGAAGGAUCCAUGGCUACGGAACGAAGUAUGGCGCUACAAUGUGAAAGAAUUCAGCACAACCAACAGGCGACUGGCUAAAUUCAUGUUUCGAGGCUUACCACUCGGAUUGGCAUUGACUGUUGCCACCGUUGCAGUUGAAUUUGCUUUGAGUAGCAAUGAUGAACAUGGCCAUGGUCAUGGGCAUGACGGUGGUCAUCAUUAGAGUUUAGUUUCCGAGAACUGUUGUGAGCGCGAUGAGUAGAAUUGAAAAUAAUAAAAAAAAAAAUCCAAAAAAUUUA